AUAUUGUUUUCAUUCCUUUAUACGACUUGGAAAGAACUUGCGACAAAACUUGGUUAAAAAGUUGCGGAGAGUGUAAGACAUCGGCAGCAUAGUGUUAGUAAGUUAAAUAGCUAUUAAAAUUUCCGAUAGGAAGCCUCAUUGGGUGCGAUCUCCCGUGGACCGUUUUAGCGUAGGACGAAUUCACUCGAUCGAUGUCGUGGUAUCUUUGAACGAGGAGAAAACUUAUAAUUUCAUAAUUAUUAUGAAAUUAGCCAUUAUUGGUUUCUUCGAUAUAAGGAAACAACGAAUCGCCCCUGUCGGUCGACGCCCUUGACUCGACGAACUGAGAAACGAGUGGAAGAAGGACGGAGCGUGAAAAGAAAAGAGACGCACAUUCCGUUCUCUGUGUACAUUCGUGUCCCCUUAUUGGUGUGUCAGUGUCGUUGCCGCGGUGGGUUGUGUUAGUAGCCGCUCAUUGGUGUUCGCCGCGGCGGCAAGCGGCGUUCACACGUUUCCCGUCAUCCACUUCGGUACCCGGCUCGCAGUCGAGCGUCGUUCGUUGUACGGUGCGGUUGUGACGUUCGCGAUUCGUCCCGACGCUUUAUACGUUCGAUAUACAUAUAUAUGUGUGACACUGUGCACGCGUUUUCUUUUUUUCUUUAGACUAUACAUAUAUACAUGAAGUGUUUGUGAUAGUGCGGGAGAAUCGGUGAGUGUCGGUUAUAUUUUUCGCAUAGUGCCAAGGUGGAUUAAAGACGUAUCUCCUGAGAAAACGAAACGCGAGAGAACGAACCACGAGUAAAGCCGGCGAAGAUCUAGAUGCUGAACACUGAGGGAAGACCGUUGGCGUUCCUCCAAGAUCCUGAGAAUGUUGCCGCAAAGAUCGAGCCGGGGAAUGGAUCAUGAAGUGACCGUGUACAAAGGACACUGCGGACGUGUGUGAUUCUUGCAAAGUAUUUAGCCACAAUUAAGAUGUACCCCGCGCCGGCGAGACACCCAGCCGCUCCCGGUGGCGGAGGAAGCGGCGGGGCUGCGGGAGGGCUGAAAUUCACGGUGGCUGACACUUGCGAGAGGAUCAAAGAGGAAUUCAAUUUCAUCCAGCAACAGAACCACUCACUGAAGAUCGAAUGCGAGAAGCUGGCCAGCGAGAAGACCGAGAUGCAGAGGCAUUACGUUAUGUACUACGAAAUGUCCUACGGCCUAAACGUGGAGAUGCAUAAGCAGACCGAGAUAGCUAAGAGGUUGAACGCGAUAAUCGUGCAGCUACUACCGUUCCUGGCACAAGAGCAUCAGCAGCAGGUGGCCAAUGCCGUAGAGAGAGCGAAGCAAGUCACGAUGUCCGAGCUGAACGCUAUUAUUGGGCAACAGCAACAACAGGGUCUACAGCAGCUAUUGCAACAGAUUCACGCGCAGCAGCUGCCACACGGUGCGGUCGUCGGCGGUCUUCCGCCGGCGGGGCUAUUGGGCUUCGCAGGUGCGGCCGCGGCGGCCGCAGCCGCGGGGGUGCCGCCUCAUCUAGCGCCGCCGCCGCAUCCCGCGGCCGCGGCUGCGGUCCAGGCACAGGCGCAAGCGCUGCUGAAACCGUCGGACCUGCAGCAGCACCGAGCGGCCGCGGAGACGCCCGAGGACCGUAAACCGAUCGCCCUCACCGACGAGAGGCUCAGACGAUCCGUGUCGCCGUCGGAGAAAUUCCGCAGCCGCACCCCCGACCUCGAGAGCGAUCCCAAGAGGCGGAAGGAGGAGAAGCUCGGACACGUGAUACCGUCGUUUACUGCAAACUGUCUCUUACUGAAUACCGAAUUUAGAUUCAAUUUACGGGGCAAUUCGGGUCUGGGGGCCUCGUUCUUAAGAGAUAGCACACUUUUUUGUGACUUGGAAUAUGAAGAUUCUGUAGAUUCUUAUGUUGCACUUAUUUCUGAAUAUUCUUUAUGA